AUGGAAAUGAAUUUCGAUAUCAAUUUAGAUUAUCCUAUUUCAUUGGAUUAACUAAGUAUUGAGUAGAAAGCAUAACUUAAUACAAGGCAGAGAAUAAUAGAGUAGAAGCUAAGAAAAACAACGCUGUGUAACUUUUAUUUCAGACAAAGAUGUUUAAGCAGUGCCGAAAAGUGUCAGAAUGCUCAUGGUCUGAGUGAACUUGUUCGAAUGGAUUCUGAUGAAUUGCUCUAACUUAAAAAAGAACAGUUCAAUAUCAAAGUACUGUUGAAUAAAUUGAAGUUUCAUAUUCUUUAUAAUGGCAAGUCGAGAAGAUUUGAACACUAUAAGGUUACUGAAAUAAGAAAAUUGAGGUAGAAGUUAGCAUAGGAGAAAGGUGAGAUAAAUACUAUUGAAAACAACGCUGUUGAGUAAGAUGAUGAAGAAGAAGUUGAAGAAGGAGGCAAUAAUGAGGAAAUAAAGGAUGAAUUCAAAUCUAUAAAAAAGAGUGUCUAGAACUUAAACUUAGAUGAGUGUAAAUUUUUGGAAUGGAUAUAUAAUAAGCAAGACUUGCAUAAGUUUGAAAUGAUAUUGUUACAAGAUAGCUCAAUCAAUAAUGUUAAGAGGAAGCCAAGAACAAAAGCAGAAUUAGAAAUUGUGAGGCCAUGGCAAAAUAAGAUUAUGGCAUCAUUCUUAACCAAAUUAUUCAAAGAAUCUGACAAAGAAUACAUGCUAAGGUCUACUGUAAUUAGAAAAUACAAUGAAUCUGGAGUUCCUAUUACAUGGGCAAGAAUUGCAUCAUUUAAGCUUUACUUUGAAAAAAAGAGUAAUUUUCCCCCUUGGGCUCCUUCAAAGAAAGUAGUUCUCCUUUUGCCCUUGCAUGAUAAAGAAACUUGUUUGAAGAGAGUUGAAGCUUUAAUUUCCAGUAUAAUUCAAGCUAAAAUUGAUAAAGAACUGAAUAAAUUCAAACUGCCAAUAAGAUUAGCAGAUAUUCAGAAAGAGUACAAUCUUUAAUAAAAAAUCUCAGAUCCUCCAUUGUUUGUGGUUACUAAGCAUCUAGAUGUUGAUAUGGACACAUUCUUUUAUAAAGUCUUGGAAGCCAGAGCUAACAUUAGAAAUGAAGUUGUUAACCAUUUAUGUGAGAAAUACAAUGAUUAAGACUGGGCUAAGUAGAUUCUAGAGAAAAUUUAGGAAGAUGAGCUUCAUAUGUUCAUGCCAUUCUCCCACCAAUCUUUGAUAAUAAGAGAAUCUAUAGACAAAGAUUUAGAUAAGAAAUUAGUCAUAAAUACUAUUUGCGAGCAAGGCCAACUAUAUGGACAUUUAGCGACAAAGUAUCUUACAGGCAUUAAGAAUAACGAUGAAUUUGAUAAAAUUAUAAUGGAAUGCUACAUAAAGUAUGGUUACAGACUAAUUAAAAUCGGCACUGGAAACUAUGUUAUAUGUCCAGGUAAUUAUACAGAAGAUCAGCUCUCUUUAAAUACUGAUUAAAAUCCUGAACAAAUUGGAAGCAUCGUUCAGACAAAGGUAGAAGAAAUAAAAUCAUUCGAUUAUAAAAUGGAGCACUGCUCCCUCUGCAAAGAAGAACCACCAAAUGCUCUAAUAUUGGAAGAACUCUUAGAUUCAGCAUUUAGAGCAUAUGGGGAGUUUGAAACUUUGACCUAUCAUGACAAUCAGAGAAUAUUAAUAGUCAAUAAUUAUGCCUCUCUCUUAUUAAGCUUAAAGACAAUGUCUAAAUAAACAUCACUAGGAGUAGAUCUAGAAGGCAGAUUGAGAGCUAACGGAAACAUAAAUUUGAUUUAGAUUGCGUGUGAGGAUGUUAUCUAUAUUUUUGACAUGUAUCAAUUAACGCAACUACAAAAUGAUGAAUAACUGCUUUAGCUUACCAUCUAGGUGUUGAAAUGUGUAUUCCUUAAUCCCAGCAUUAGAAAGGUCUUCUUCGAUGGUAAGAGAGACUUAGAAGCUCUGCAUUUCAUUAUUGGAGUAGGCAUAUAAAAUUUCUAUGAUGCAUAAGCUAUGCAUAUGACUUUAUUCUAACUAAUGGAGAUGCAUAAAAAUAAAAAGCUGUUUGAAUUGAAAUAAGUUGUCACCCCUGGACUAAACGAUGUUCUGGGUAAGCAUGAAGUCACUCAUGGAGUAAACUCAUUAAAAGAUAAAUUUAAGAAGGUCUUUGAUAACUAUACAGAAUGCAAAAAAUACUUUGUGACAAGACCCAUUGAUCCAGAUUUCGUUAGUUACUCAGCUUAAGAUGUAGAAGACCUUAGUGAAUUAGCUGACAUAAUCGAUGCCAAAAUAGAUGCAGUACUUGGUAAAAAUGUACAUCCUAACUAUAGGAAAAAUCUUGUCAUUCAUCUAAGUAAUACAUACACUAGCAAGUCAUGUGGGAAGAAAUUUGAAAUGGAGUAACAACCUAAAAAUGUAAAUGAAUGA